GGCGAAUGCUAAGCACGAGCCGUGUGUUUUGAAAGCCGCUAGCACGUUGCACGUGUUAACAAAAAGUGUUUAAUUUGAUUCAUAAUACACAGAACUGAAACGUUAAAUCAAAACAUUGAGACAAAAUGCAACACGACGAUGUCGUUUGGAGCAUCAUCAACAAAUCCUUCUGCUCACACAAAGUCAAAACUGAUACGCGCACCUUCUGUCGCCAUGAAUACAAUCUGACGGGCUUGUGCACGCGUCGCACCUGCCCGCUGGCCAACUCACAAUAUGCAACAGUGCGCGAGGAGAAGGGCAUCAUUUAUCUGUUCAUCAAGACGGCGGAACGGGCACAUAUGCCGAGCAAACUGUGGGAGCGUAUCAAGUUGUCGCGCAACUUCGAGAAGGCCAUCCAGCAGAUCAACGAGAACUUGGUAUUCUGGCCCAAAUACAUGAUAGCCAAGAACAAGCAGCGAUUCCUGAAGAUCACACAGUAUCUGAUGCGCAUGCGAAGGCUGAAGCUGCGCCGCCAGAAGCUGAUUGUGCCGCUGUCCACGAAGAUCGAACGACGCGAAGCGCGCCGUGAACAGAAGGCGCUCAUCGCGGCUAAGAUCGAUAAUCACAUUGAGAAGGAGCUGCUGACGCGCUUGAAGAUGGGCACGUACAAGGAUAUCUACAAUUUUUCACAGACGGCGUUUAACAAGGCGCUGGAAGCGGAGCAUGUGGAUGAGGAUGAGGACGAGCGCGAGGAGGAAGACGAAGAGGAGGAGCGCGAGCAUGAGACGGAAAUGGAAGUGGAUGAAGCCAGGGAGCUGCGACGUGCACUCAACGAUACAGAAGAGUUUGUUGAGGCGGACAGCGAUGAUGAUGAAGACGAGGAAGAGGACUACGGCGAUGAUGAUGAUGAUGAAGAUGAGGAGAGCGAUUCAGGCCAGCGCGAAGAGGUGGAAAUGGACAGCGACUUUGCGCAGUCCGACGAUGAUGAUGACAAUGAAGAUGAUAUUGAGGACACCCACGUGCCGACGAAACCCACAAAGAAGCGCAGCUCCGAGGAUAAGAAGUCAAAGGCAACAACAGAGGCAGCAACAAAGGAUACAACAACAACAACAACAACAACAGUUGCAGCUAAGCGACGCGGCAAACCGAAACUGCAAGUGGAAUAUGAAGUUGAAUAUGAAGCUGAGGCUAAUCCAGCACGGCAAAUGCGUCAUAAGUGAGGUAGAAAUAACGUUUAAUAAAGAAGAGGCAGACAGAAGAGCAGAUUUAAAUAAUAUACGACUAUUAUUUUUGUUUGUAUAGAUCUAAUUAAAUUGUAAUGUGAAUAAGAAAGAAAACACAAGAAACAAAAAAAUCCGAAAAAACCAAAGCUUUUAAAAUUCUACUCUAAAAUGAAAGAGAUAGCAAUAGCGCUUGCAUUUCAAAUCUCAUGCGUGCGCGUGUGUGUGUGUGGCCAAAUAUGGCAUGAACUUGACAUUGACAUUUGUUGUUGUUGCUAUUUGGCUGCCUGGCUUUAAAUGUUUGCUGUGAAGUCGCAAAAACCAGUUCGCAGUAACUACAUUAAAUUGCUUAGUUUUUACAUUCAAUUACAACAAAAGCUGCCUGGCCAAUUAAAAAAAUGAAAUUAAAAAAAAAAAAAAAAAAAAUUUAAAAAUAAAAAAACGAACAAGAACGAUAACUGAAAAUAUCUAUGUAUGUAUACAUAUAUAUGUACUUAUUUAUAUUUGUAUUUAUAUAAAAUGCACGCCAAGUUCAAUGCAGCUGUGGCGACGCUAACUGCGACGGCGACGUCGACGCAGACGCCCCUCAAGGCUUUUGCUGAGCCAGCUUCGGCUUCAGCUUCAGCUUUGCAAUUGUUGUUUGUAUUUUGUUAUUUACUCUCGUUACGGGCUACUGACGCUAAUAUCACCAAAACGACUAAAGGUUCUAUAUAUCAUAAAACAAACACACACACACACACACACGCAUACGCAUACUCACCGAUAAAAUAAAGUUGUCAACAAUUGCCAAUUAACAAGAUUUUAUGGUUCUCACUAUUGCGGUUCAAACUGCAACACUGAAGGUGAAGCGAUUGAACUCAAUUUGUUUAGCUAAUGGCAAAAACUUCAUUUUCCUUUUAGACUUGGCCAACAUCAACUAAUAUCAAGUGCUUCGCUUCAUUUAUAAAAUAUAAACAAACAAAAACAAAAUGCAACUACGCAGCAUCCACUAAACUAGAUUCUAUUGGCUAAACAGUUAUGCACAUACAUACAUACAUACAUUGCUGUCUUAGAGAGGGAGGGAAAGAGAUAGACACACAUAUAGAUCUUGACCGCUUUUAGAAUAAAAAUAAAGUCGAAACCUUUCUAAAGCUUUUUUAUUAAAAUAUUAGUACAGAAAUAUCUAUGUAUAUAUGUAUGUAUAAAUUUCUAGCACUUGUCUAAGCAAAUACGCGUAAAUAUUUAUACAUACAUAAUGCAUUACUGUUGAGAGAGAUGUACAUAUGUAUGUGCAUAUAUUUAUAUAGAUCUUGACUGUUUUUAGAAUGAAAGUAAAGUCUAAACUUUUCAAGAGCUUUUUUGUUGCAUUGUGUGAUAAAAAUUGCUAAUGUUAAGCACGGCAGCACAUGGGAUUUUGUUGUUGUCUAAUAAUAUAUUAUCAUUCUAAUUGGAGAUAGCUAGGCUCGUGUCUCAGUAGCAGUAGUAUAUGUAUGUGUAUUUGUUUUUUUUUUUUUUUUUUUUAAGGGUAAUGGAGUGUAAAUCAAAUGAGAUUUAUAUAUUUUUAGUCUUCAAAAUGCAUUAGAUGUAGGGAGAAAAGUAACGCUAGGUAAUAUUAGUUAAAUUAUAUUUAGCUACAUACAUAUGUAUAUAGACAGUUGUGCAAAUAGCAGUAUAGUAGUAGUAUAUAUUUACUACUAUUUUCUUGAUACAAAAAUGCCAAUUCAAGAAUGGGAGUAAUUGGACAACAAAAUGAUGUAAAUUCUGAUCAAUUCAAUGCCAAUGCGACCAAUGCAAGGGAGUUCUAUUUAAAGUUAAUUUACGAUUUACAAGCAAUUCUAUUGAAUUUUGUAGAUUUUUUUCUGAAUUUGUCCCAGUUACUUAAUUCACGCCAGAAUUUUCAUAUAAAUUGCAUUGAAUAGUAAAAAUAAUGAUAUACACGCUUAAAUAUUUUCUUCAAUUAUUUUUUAUUAAAAUAAAAUAUGAUAGAGGCAUUUCUACAUAUCUCUCUAAAUCAAAAUAAAAUUAUGUAUUCAAUAAAUUUUAAUUUAAAUUUCGCUUAAAACUACAUUAAAUCUAACAAAAUAUGUCAUGUUAUGUCAUAUCAUAGCAUUUAUAUUUAAUUGGGACUGGGAGAAGCGGCAAGCUGUCAAUACGGCAGGCAGUGUUCAUUCAAAUAGUAGUGGAUAUGCUUCGGGCAGAAAAUAAGAGUAAAAUUAAAAUAAAAUCAAAUACAAAAUUCAAUAUA